GCAUUCAAACGACUGCGGCACUUUAGAGCAGGCGCAGGCCGACCUGGAGGGAGAGACGGAGGAAAAGUUAGUCAAGAUGGCAAAACCCUCAGACCCAGAGUAAAGGGGCACCGCUCCCCCCAAAAGAUUGCGCCUGUCGCCCCUCUUCAGACAAAGCCAACGGUGCAAACUGCGCAAUAAGGCCCUCAAGGGGUUCAUUGAAGAUGGUGCCUGUGGUGCAGGAUCUAAUGUGACAUAUUGCGAAGUGGAAAGUUAACUCAUCAAAUAUCAAUUCCUCUGUCGGUGAGUAAUUAUCUGAGGGCAAAUUGUAUCACCCAGCCAGCAGCGAUAGAAGCACUCGCAUCCUCUCACUGGAAGACAGAUCUCCUCCAGAAGGAAUACUUUGUGGAUCAACACGUGUUGGCACUGACAAGACCACCGUCUUGCUGCUGCCAGAGCUAAGAAUGGCCUUGCACAGCUUCACCUAACUCCAUUAUAGAUCUCAAGAAACUUACUCGGUUUUAUCCAGAACGUCAGUGGAAAGUUUAGGGAAGAUAUAUCUGGGAGUCCCUUCUCCCCCUGCAGCCCCUCCCAAACCAAAAAAAGCUGCUUUGGGAACCCCGGCAGCACCGCUGUUACCUCACCCCUACUGCCGCCCCUCUCCCAGACCAUGAUGUUUCGCGAUCAGGUGGGCAUACUAGCCAGCUGGUUCAAAGGGUGGAAUGAGUGUGAGCAGACAGUGGCUCUGCUGUCUUUGCUGAAGAGGGUGAGCCGGACCCAGGCUCGUUUCCUGCAGCUCUGUCUGGAGCACUCCCUCGCAGACUGCACGGAGCUCCAGGUUCUGGAGGCAGAUGCCAACAAUUCAGAGGUUAUCAGCCAGUGGCAAAGCGAGCCAAAAGAACGUGUCAUCUCUCUUGUCCUCACCCAUUUGCCAUUGCUCAAACCGGGCAAUAUAGAAGCCAAGGGCGAGUACAUGCGCCUACUACCACGCAUCCUUGCGCACACUAUCGAACAUGGCCGCCACCUGGAAGAGUCUCGCCAACUCUUAUCCUAUGCCCUCAUCCAUCCUGCCACCUCCCUGGAGGACCGUGCUGCAUUGGCCCUCUGGCUCAACCAUCUUGAAGAAAGGGCCGCUGCCACAGGAGACUCACUCGAAAGGCCAUCGCCUGCCGGCCCGCACCACCAUCAGUCCACUCCACCGUCUACCCUUACAUCAUCGGGAUCCUCCACCAACAGUUCCUCUUCAGGUAACCUAUAUGCUUUGCAUCACCACCAGCGAUACGGCUCGGACGAUCGCCUCAAUGGAUGGCAAAGCAACAGGGAUUCAGGGCUCGGAAGAGGCUGGCAGCAGCAGGGCUGUGAAAACGGACACCUGCCUCUCUACCCGUCAUCCUCUGUACCAGCAACCAUCAACACAAUCGGAACUGGUGGCAGUGGUAAUGCCAUCCUAACGAGUGGAAGUGGCAACCAGCCACACAGUCCUCUGAAGCGCUCAGUGUCUCUAACUCCACCAAUGAGUGGCCCAAACAACCAUCCUAUGGGUCCUGUCUGGCUGUCCCAGGAAGAUCUGCGUAGUAGUAGAGGCCCAGCCCCCGAUCACGCGCCCCUCUCCCCUCAAAGCAGCAUUGCUUCCUCAGGCAGCGGAGGAAGUGAACAUCUGGAAGAGGCCAGUUUGGGAGGAGGUUUAAGUCUACAUCGCAGUUGCUUCCAUGAGGAGGGCAGUGGCAUGAGGGAUGUUCCCGCAUGGCUGAAGAGUCUCCGUCUUCAUAAGUAUGCAGCGCUGUUUUCUACCAUGACCUAUGAUGAAAUGAUGUCACUGACUGAAGAACAACUGGAGGCACAGAAAGUCACCAAAGGAGCAAGACACAAGAUUGUUAUCAGUAUUCAAAAGCUAAAAGAGAGACAAAACCUGCUGCGCAGCCUUGAAAAAGAUGUAUUAGAAGGCAGUAAUCUGCGUGUACCGCUGCAAGAACUUCAUCAGAUGAUCAUGACGCCUAUCAAGGCUUUCACUAGUGGCGAGGAGACGUCCUUGCAGCGCCCUCUCCUGAAUACGGAAUCCAAAAGCUCUGCACCUGGAUCACAUCUCGCUGGAGGAGGUGGAGAGGCUGAGGCUAGCUCAAGUGUCAUUGCAGAGGGGGAUCUACCAAGCCAGUUCACUCGUGUCAUGGGCAAAGUUUGCACUCAGCUUCUGGUGUCAAGGUCAGAUGAGGACAACAUCAGCUCCUACCUACAACUCAUUGACAAGUGUCUUAUCCAUGAGUCCUUUGGUGAAACUCAAAAGAAGAGGCUGUUGUCAUGGAAACAGCAGGUCCAGAGGCUGUUCAGAUCCAUUCCGAGAAAAACGCUCCUUGACAUUGCAGGUUACCGAACGCAGAGGAGCAGUCGUGGAUUCGGUCAGUCCAAUUCCCUCCCUACCACAAGCUGUGUUGGGGGCAGUGUUAUGGCGCGGAGAAGCCUUCGGCAGUUCCAGAUGCCCUCGAGGAGCUUACCAGGUGCAAGGCUAGGCCUGCUAAGCAGUAGUGGCCUGCUGGGACCCACGCCUCGCAGUAGCAGCAGCACACCCACGGGCCCCAAGCAGGGGAGACAGGGUCUGUGGUUUGCCAAUCCUGGAGGCAGCAACAGUAUGCCGAGUCGAACUCACAGCUCCGUGCAACGGACCCGCUCCCUGCCUGUUCAUACAACUCCGCAAACUAUGGUCAUGUUCCAACAAGCUGAUCUUCAGUUGCCAGUUACGGAGCCGGACAUCAACAAUCGCCUUGAAUCUUUAUGUCUCAGUAUGACAGAGCAUGCAUUGGGAGAUGGUGCUGAUCGCACAUCGACAAUAUGAAAUGAGAACCUGGAUGAGAGCAGCGGAACCGCGUGCUGUGUAGCUUCAGAAGGCCCUCUCACAACAAGUCACCCUGAGGUCAUCUGCCCUCCAGUGCCCUCUCCCGUAGCCAAAGUAGAGCUCAACCAAGGGACUGGGAGGCAUCCGAGAAACACAAGCCAACACAUUGGCUGCGUCGAUGGGGUGGGGGGAGGGACACACUUCCUGCCAUGACCAGCUCAGUCAUGUGGGGAGAGGAAGGUAUCAAACAUGGGCUGAACAGUGUAUGACCAGAGCCCCUUCAGGAGAUCAUGUCAGAAGCAGUGCGCCAUCAGCAGAGCUGAAGAUACUGGGCUGGGGGAUCGGGGUCCAAUGAAGCCCCCCCCCCCCCCCCAAACCUUCUUUUACAAUCCCCAUGUGUCAACCAACAGUGCAAGUGGCAUUUUCCACAUCUGUGUCAGUACCUCGGACCCCCCAAAAACGAGACAAGCAGAUGGAUGGCAAGCAUUUGGGAAAGGCCUGUUGCUCAAUUUUGAGCAGCAAACAAAACAGAUUGUCGAUCACAUGUCUCUAUUGUUUACAUAUCGAUGCUACUUUCAAAGGGUACGCAAACAAAAAAAGAAUCGGGUGUGGAUGUUGGACUAUCCUGUAAAAAGCCUUGGCUGUCUGCCAGCUUUACAUCCCCCACAAGUAGCCGUCACGCUAGUUUACAAGCAACAUGCUCAUUGUUUAUAAAAAUGUGCCAAUUGAGAGAAAAAGAGAGAGAGAAAGAGAGAGAGAGGGAGGAAAAGUAAAAAUGUGAAACGGGGACGUCGGAGAAAGGU